AACAAAUUCGAUUCAGCUAUAAAGCCGCUACAGAAGACGAUUGUCAUUAUCCUGCUCAGUUCAGUUCGAGAAACAGUUGCUGAUUCCUCCCCUACACUGCAGAAUGAUAAUCAGGACACACUAUCCGGCGCUGGAGGCUUCGAUGUGACAACAAAUAUCCCUUUUCAAGACCCCAAAGAAAACGCCUACACCUAUGAUUAUGAGGAUGGUACACACUCAAUAACCCUGGAUGAGGAGGAAGUUGUGCUGGGGCCAGGUGCCAUCACAGCUAUCGUCAUCGCCGUGUUCCUCGGAGCCUCUGUUCUUCUCGCUCUCGUUGUGAUCACGCUCAGAAAGUUCACUGCCUCUUAAGAGACAUUUAUGUGUUUUCAUUUCCUUCCUUUUCUCAAUCCCAUCUCUUCUUUUUACUGUCCUCUGAACUGUAUUUUCAAGUGUCUCAUUGGUGGCAAAACCAGCCUUAGGCUGAACAAAAAGGUAACUGCAAUCAAGAGAAAUUAUGGAUGCAUUUGUUUGGUGACCAUAUAAUCAAUGUCAAUAUCCUCUUGUAAUAAGGUUUAGACUGAAAUAUUAAAAGAAGGUAGAAUUGUUAUAUUAGAGACACAUUUUAAGAUAUAGUUUAUUACCAUCCAUGUGCAACUAGUUUUUUUCAUACUGUAUUGUAAUGUAUACCAAUUUCCAAUUUUCUUGUCAUUCUAGAUGUGUGUAGAAUGAUCAUGUCCUUUAGAGUUGAAGAUAACGUGUGUGUGAAUGUGUGUAUGUAUUGAGAGAAAUCAGAGCAGUCUUUGAGAGCGAGUGUUUUAAUUGAACUUUUAUACAUAAACUGAUGAAUUUGUUUGUCACUGAACAGAUAAAGAGACCACGUUUA